GUGUGGGCUGAACUAUAAACGAUGUCAUAUCAAGUCAGCCAAUAGCGAGAGAGCUGCACGAAUGAUCCCGCCUCCAGCGAGCGUCUCAUCCAAUCACCGGAGACGGUGUAUGUUUGAAACUGCCUGUAUCAGAUCACAUUACAUGGACUUCAUUGCUUACAGCUGUCCUGUGUGUACAUUGCCGAAGUUUCGCUUUCAGCCGGAAAAAUAUAACGUUAGAAGUUAUUGAAUUGUACUCUAAAAAAUAAUACUAAUAAACAAAAUCUUUUUAUUUGAUCUACAUUCAGUUUUAUAGAGUCGGACAGAGUAGCGGAAAGUUCGCGUUUCCGGACGGCGUUCAACAAAUAUUUAAACGCAAACUAACAUGUGAUUAUAAAGUCUUGUUUACUUGCUGAACCGUUUUAAAGAAGAGGGUUACAUUAUGGCGGAUGGAGCCGUGGCUUUUGGAGCUAGUAUAAACCAAAGUUUGACCUCUCGAGCAAAGAGAGUCAACAACAACAUCACUUCAGUUCCAGCGAACACGAGGAGAAAGACUCGACAGAGCCACAGAAGAGACAUUCAUAACCGGGUUGUCUUGGAGAAGGUGCUUGGCAUCACUGCCUCCAGCAGUAGUGCUUUAACCUGUGACCCCAACACCGGUUCAGUGGCUUAUCCUGCAGGAUGUGUUGUAGUCAUCCUGAGCCCAAAGAAAAACAAGCAGACGCACAUAUUUAAUACAUCCAGGAAAACCUUCAGCGCUUUGGCCUUUUCUCAGAAUGGAAAAUAUUUGGUCACCGGUGAGAGUGGGCACAUGCCCUGUGUGCGAGUGUGGGAUGUGGCGGAGAGGACGCAGGUGGCAGAGGUCCAAUGUCAUAAGUAUGGGGUGUCAUGUGUGGCAUUCUCCCCCAACGGGAGCUAUAUAGUGUCUGUGGGAUACCAACACGACAGGACUGUCAGCGUCUGGGAGUGGAAGAAGGGGACUGUUAUCGCAUCUAAUAAGGUGUCCAGCCGUGUGCUUGGUGUAUCUUUCUCAGAGGACAACAGCUACUUUGUCACUGCAGGCAACAGACAUGUGAAGUUCUGGUACCUUGAUGCCUCAAAGGAAAGAAGGGUAAACAGCACGGUGCCUCUGAUUGGCCGUUCAGGUUUGCUGGGGGAGCAUCAGAACAGUCAGUUCUGUGGUUUGGCUUGUGGCCGUGGCUCAAUGGCCAGCAGCACCUACUGCAUCACACACACAGGUCUGCUGUGCCAAUUCAACAGCAAGAGACAGCUGGAUUCCUGGGUUGAUCUCAAGACGACGUCAGCACAGUGUUUAUCAGUGAGCGGGACGUUUGUUUUCUGCGGUUGUGCCGAUGGGACGGUUCGUGUGUUCAACCCACAGGACCUGCGCUACAUCACCACUCUGCACCGGCCACACUGUCUGGGAGUGGAUGUGUCCCAGGGCACACAGCCUGGGCAUUUGUUUGGUGCAAAUCCAGAAGCACAGUAUCCAGAUACCUUGGCUUUAACCUUUGACCCCGUGACUAAGCACCUGACGUGUGUGUAUAAUGACCACAGCGUGUACGUUUGGGACGUGCGGGACAUCAGGAACGUAGGAAAGGUCUAUUCAGCCCUGUACCACAGCGGAUGUGUGUGGAGUGUGGAGACCUAUCCAGAGCUUGAAGAUUCCUCAGCGGCCUGUUUGUCACCCGGCUCUUUCCUCACUUGCUCAUCUGAUAACACCAUCCGCUUAUGGAAAAGCGAGUCCCCGCAGAGUCACAACGCUGGACUCAGCCUUCGUCACAACCUUUAUAGCCAGGACAUUGUACGGAUAGUGUAUGUGGAUGACGACACGCAGUACCUCAAAGCUGAAUCUGAGAAAGCAGAGGGAGGGGGUCAGGAUGGCAAAUCUGGGAUCCGGGUGUUGGGAAUCAGCCCAGAUGGCCAACAUUUGGCUGCUGGAGACCGCAGUGGAAACCUGAGAAUCUUCGGCUUGCAGUUUAUGGACGAGUUACAGAAAAUUGAAGCUCACGAUUCAGAGGUCUUGUGUUUAGCCUUCUCCCCUGCUGAGACCGGUUUGCAUCUGUUGGCUUCAGCGAGUCGCGAUCGACUGAUUCACAUCUUUGACAUGGACAGCAAAUGUAACCUAGUGCAGACCGUUUAUGAUCAUUCAGCCUCGAUCACUGCUGUCAAGUUUACAGGCUUGAAUUCAGAGUUGUGUAUGGUCAGCUGUGGCGCAGACAAGAGUGUAUAUUUUCGAUCUGCUGAGAAAACUUCAGAUGGCUUAGUCUUCUCACGAUCACAUCACAUAGUGGAGAAGACAACGCUGUAUGACAUGGACCUGGAUGCCACACGUACACACACGGCCAUUGCGUGCCAGGACCGCAACAUCAGAGUGUACAAUGUGAGAAGUGGAAAGAUGAAGAAGUGUUUCAAGGGCUCUAUGAAUGAUGACGGGACACUGCUAAAGGUUCAGUUGGAUCCCUCGGGGAUGUUCUUGGCCACCAGUUGUUCAGACAAAAAUAUCUGUGUCUUUGAUUAUGAGUCAGGCGAAUGUGUGGCCACCUUAUUUGGACAUUCAGAAAUUGUCACAGGUAUGAAGUUCAGCCAGGACUGCAGGCAUCUCAUCACUGUGUCUGGUGACAGCUGUGUGUUUGUAUGGCGGCUGGACUCUCAGAUGACCAAUUCAAUGAGGAAGAGGUUGGCAGAGAGGAAGCAGCAAGCAGGCCUGCGGCUCCAGCGGGCUCCCACAAAACCGGAAGCCAUCAGAAGAGAGACCUACAUCACCGUGCCAUCUAAUGCACUGCCGCAUAUGGAGGAGGAUGGCUUGAUAGCUGAAGAAAAUCCUGAAGAUGGUUUGGAGGACUGCAGAACCCCAGAUAGACUCGACUCCACAGAUGCAUCUUUGGAUUCUGUGGUGCUCCAAACCAAUGGCAAAAUGCCAAUGUGGGUCCGCAGACUGGGUGGAGAAGGUGAAAAGGAUGGUACCAGCGCUGCUAAUAGAGUGCAGUACCAGCCACAGGGACGCUGGGCAGUGCAGUCAGAUCCACUCGCCAUCCGCACAGUGCUGGAGAUGAAGAGCAAUCAGCUUCCUCUCUCACACACUCCCAGCAGAGUCAUGGGGGAGGAAGAGCUUGAGGAAGACCCUCGCUUCCACCCGCAGAGCCUGGACAGUCUGCUGGAUGAAGAUCUUGAAGAUGGAGAAGAGGAGGAGGAAAAGAUCUGUGGUGUUUCCAGAGAUGCCUUUAGCUCUUCACUCCAAGGGCCAGAAUUUCUGCAGUUUCCGCAUGGAGAGGAGAACUUCAAUCCAGAGCUCAGCUCCUCAGAAAAGACCGGAUACAUUUUAUAUCCUGCCAACAGCACUGCUCUGUCCACUGGUGAAGGGGAGUUUGAUGUUAAAGCUCUGUGUGAGGGCUCUGCUGGUGAUCCUGAGGAAGAGGAGUUAAGUCCAGAUAGUGCUUGCUCUGCUGAAAGCCCAGCAUCUCAUAGUGACCAGCCGCAUGACCAGGACACAGAUUCCCUCAGUCAGGUGAGCUCCACGGGAAGCUCAGGUGUUGAAGAAGAAGAGGAUGAAGAAGAAUCUGGAACUCUGCUUCGCCAACAUUUCGACACUCUGGGUGUGGCCACAAAUGAAAAGUUCAACACAGACUUGAGCAGUCUGCAGCCCACGACAGAGAGCAACUUCCUCAAUCCUCGUCUCAGCAUCUCUACGCGCUUCCUCUCCCGCUUUCAGAGCCGUUUCCGCAGUGCUGCUUGUCGGCCUGCAGCAUGCCUGUCCAGUAUACCUGAUGAGUCCACUGACAGCCAAACCCUGGACCAAACCAUGGAAAAGUCCAAGCAUCUUUCAAACAGUGGAAGCGUUGAGGAGAAAGAGAAGACUGAAAUCACAAACAGAAAUCAGUCCUCAACUCAAAGUACCACUAGUGCUCCAGGUGUUCUCAGUAACAAAUCCACCAGCAACUCAUGUGAUGCAUCUGUCACGCGCUCCCGCCAAAGCUACAUGGGUCCCACUACAAGCUCACGUGCUAAAAUAAACCAAAGCAACUCCGUGGAGGGUCUAAACCUCUGUAUAUCAGAGGAAACGCCAAUAAACACCUUGCCAAAUGUAGAGCACAGCAAAGAGAACAUGAUCCCUCCAUCCUCUCCUGCUGUUUCAUCUGCACCGCUUCAUCAGUGUCCUGCCCUGGGAAACCACAGUGCCCGGGCAGCUCUUCGACUGGACCUCAUAGGCCCCAAUCGUGCCAGUUUGUCACCUGUGUCACUGAAGAGCCGCCGAGGGAAGGUCGAGCAUCACGAUUCUCCGCGGCGCCAGGCUUUAGUGACGCCCACAGAGAUGAGGUCACUGGGGAAAGAGAGUCGCAAGCAAAUCUCUAAUAUUGAGCGGAGUUUAGUCCCUUCAGACAGACUCUCUACAGGGGCCGGGAUGCUUGCCGGGAGCCCCACGACGAGGGAAACCAGUGAUACUGUGGUUGAAGACCUGCAGUCAUUGGAGAAUUCACAGACAUCUGGUCAGAUCUCAAUGACCAAUGCAGUAACUCUGAACAGUCAAGAUUCUGCAGGUCUUUCUGUGGAGGCGUUGAGUGUUCAGAUGUGUAAGGAGAUGGUGAAUGAACUCUGGCACACCAUCCAUAAAGCAACUGACUUCUACAGCAAGCUGUGCUCCGUCCCCGAGUUAUCAGAGCAGCAGGAGCAGAUGAAGGGCGUUCUGCAGGAGGUGUUUAUGGGCGUACAGAGCGAGUUGAAUUCAAUCUGCCCACAAAAGACGCAACCAUCAACCAAGAGCAUCCGUCCCAUACCCGAGGACUCUCCAGGCCGUCAGCUGCGGGAUGACCGAGCCGUGGCCCUUCUGGAGAAAUACUCUGAAAUGCUUUUACUGCGAAUGACUGAGAAAGGAGCACAGGCCACGCUGGAGUAACGGCUCACUUCCUGUCAUAUGAUUGGCCAAAAUCAGCUGCCAAAUCCCCCAAAAAGCACCUUUAAACCUUAACGUGUUACAUUUGGUUUUACCUUUUUAAAUAAACCUGUAAAUGCAUAUUUGAAA